AUGGCCAAGCCUGGUCCCAGCCCUGUUCUAUGGAUCAACGGAUUCCCUGGAACUGGGAAACUAACGAUAGCCAGAGAAUUGGCUCGUAUCUACAUACCGAGCAUUCUAAUCGACAACCAUCAACUGAUAGACCCAGUCGCAGCAAGGUACUCUCGAGACCAUCCUCAAUACCAAAUAGAGCGAAAACGCCGGCGAGAAUGGGCGUUUGAGAACUUUGUCUGGGAACCUACUCGAUUAUCAGCAGUUAUAUUCACAGAUUUCCAGUCAGACAAUGAGCUUGGCACAGAUACAGCACAAGAAUACCGUGACGCUGCGCAGAAAGCCGGUCGGCCUUUUAUUCCUGUAUAUUUAUCGUGCGAGAUUGAGGCCAACAUCAUGAGAGCCACUAGUGCCGAACGCGCUCAGGGAACUACAACAAAAUUGACAUGCCCGGACACAAUAAAAGACUUGAGGACGAAAUGCAAGCUUUUUCAAUUUGGGGAUCCAUAUGAAGAGUUUCAUAUCGAUACAACAAACUUGGCACCAAGAGAGGCGGCAUUGAUGAUACGAGCCCAUAUCGAGAAGUGCAUGUCAACAGAGAAGGCAAACUAA